AUGGGUGUAGACUACUUUCAUGACAAUGAAUGGAUGAAUGGAAAGUACCUGUUGUUGGGAAAACUGGGAGAAGGAGGGUUUGGCAAGGUUAAAAUGGCCAUACACACAGCCACGAACGACAGUGUAGCCAUUAAGGAGAUGGAGAAGGCUAAACUUGGAGUAAGUUCUUAUAUAUUGUGCGGUGUGUUAAUGUUUUUUACCUUCUACUGCAUAUAAAGGUGUUAUUCACUUUCCAAAGUUUUUGUAAACAAAUGUUUUUCAGCCAGACAUUGUACAUAUACGAAAGGAAGUCGAAGCUAUGAAGCAGCUAACCCAUCAGAAUAUAUGCAGAUUGUUACAGUUUGUAGAGACCAAGACACAUUUCUAUCUUGUUUUAGAGGUAAGCCACUGUUUUGUUAAUAACUUCUGUUUUUAGUAUUGUAGUGGCGGUGAAAUGUUUGACUACAUAGUAUCGAAGAAUAAGUUGACAGAGCCAGAAGCUCGACACUUCUUCAGACAACUGGUACAAGCUAUAUCGUUUUGUCAUUCUCAAGGAUUUGCUCACAGAGAUCUCAAACCUGUAAGUUGUUUUUUGUUACCUAAAUUUUUAUAUUUCAUGAUGUAUUUGCUUAGGCAAAUGCUUUAUUUUAGGAAAACCUGUUGUUGAAAGAUGAUCUCCGACUAAAAGUAAUUGACUUUGGUCUUAGUUCGCGAACUGGUAGACUUUUAUCUACAUAUUGCGGGUCUUUGGCGUAUGCUGCGCCUGAAGUGUUGGCUGUAAGUUUCUAACCUCUAUAAUAUAUAUUACAUACCUAAUUCUUUUUAAUUUUCUCUUAGUUAAUGUAUUUUAUCAAGAUAUGUUUAGAAUUGUCCAUACGAUGGUAAAAUGUCAGAUAUAUGGUCGAUGGGCGUGUUGUUGUACAUAUUAGUUAGUGGAUCUUGUCCUUUUCAAAUGGAAAACCAAGACACAGCCAUUAAGCAAAUAAAGGUUGAUUUAGCUUCUUUUAUAAUGUUUUUUUGUACUUAACACAAAAUGUGACUUUGUGAUUUAUAUUUUGAAUAUUUUUAUCUUAUUAUACAUAUAUUUAUACCUUACUUAUUCUGACUUUACAUUGAUUUAGAACGGAAUCUACAAGAUACCUUCAUUUGUGACUCCAAACUGUGCUGAUCUCCUAAGAAGAAUGAUGACUGUUGACCCAAAGAAGCGGAUCACGAUGGCAGAAGUGUUGGUUCAUCCCUGGAUCAAACAAGGCUACACUAACAUACUUAAAACUGGUACUAUAUACAAUGUAAGUACAUUUAUGGCUUUCAACCAUCGUUUUUCAAAUUACAUUAGUUUUUUUAGAAAGAUGUUGUUGAUGACGAUAUAAUUCGAGAACUGUCACAGUACGAAGGCGUGUCACCGGAGGUCAUGACCGAGCACGUCAAAAAGGUACCUGUUAUCUUAAUAAAGAAUAACUAGGUGAUCUCUUAAUUACAAUGUAAAACUUAAUAUAUAUUAGAGCUAAUGCACAAUUUUAGUGGAAAUACGACUACAUAACAGCUACAUACCUACUUUUGCUACAGAGGAAAGAACGCAAAGAGGACAUAUGCUUACCCGGUUACAAAGUAAGUAAAGUGGAGUAGUUAACAUGAACUUAGUAACUUGAUCUUUUAAAGGGUCGACAAGACUUUCCAUAUAGUUUUGGCUACUUUGAAGUUAAUAUUUACAUUUUCAGAAGAAGACGCCAAGUGUUCUUAAUUCCUCUACCAUCCACGCUUCUCUAGAUGGAGGCCUGGACUCACGAUCAGCAUUGAUAUCAUCUGAUGAUCCUUUCAGUCGAUCUCCGACUAGGAACGACAGGACCAGCGAGGGCAACAAGGAGAACAUCCAUCAAUUCGACAAAUAUUACCCCGCCGCCACCCCCAAACGGAAUAAGCCUCCGGCAUUCCUGACUCCAAAACGAGCUGGAAGUCUGCCCCGCCGAGGUAGAGAAAGAGAGCCUAUGACACCAACAGAACGAUCUGUCAGUCCUGGACCUUCUCCAAAGUCUCAUCGGGAACCCAGAUCCACUACAAAGUCACCAAGGUUAAGUCGACGGUUGUUCGCAUCGUUGGAGAGGAUCAAGGAUUCAAGAGUGAUCGACAUGAUCACUCCACGAAGGAACCAACCUGAUCGUCUCAAGACUUGCACAGUAAGUUUCAAUUUGGCCAAUUCAUGACCAAACAAUUAAGUAUUUUACAUGUUGUCUAUGGCUACAAUCUCAUUGACUUCCUUAAUUUUAGAACUACGCCAAUGUCUCCGUGACGUACUCAGAAGACCCUCAACCGAUCAAGGAUCGACUAGUAGAAGUUUUGAAGCAUCUCCAUCUUAAUGUCAAGACCAGCGGCUGGAAGAUCUCCGGAUCAGACGAGAGGAAGCUGAUAGCCGUGGAGAUGGAGGUGGUGUGGAUCGAGGAGAUGAAGAAGAUCGGUGUCAAGAGGAAACGGCUUACAGGAGAUGCUUUCGUUUACAAGAAGGUUUGCGAGGAGGUUCUGAAGAUGGCCAAGUUGGCCGAUCCCAUCCAAUCGCCCAAAGUGUCGGUCGUGUAA